AUGGAUAAAUUGACCAGGAAUGACUCGCUGGGCGAGUUCGUCUGUCGCUUCCCCAACUGUGAUGCCCGAUACCGGCGCAAAGAGCACCUCCGUCGCCAUGAGGCAAAACAUAUCCAAGAUCGGACAUAUCCCUGUUCCAUCUGUGGUCAGGAAUUCGGACGAAAGUAUACACAAAUAACGUGCGUUAGUGACACACUGCGUCGACAUCUACGAGUGAAGCAUCAGUUGAAUGAACCCGUCCACCGAGCUCGACGCGCCUGCUCCAACUGUCGAGCCAUCAAGGCUCGAUGUGAAGGGAAGCCUGUUUGCACGGAAUGUCAGCAUCGGGGCAUUCGCUGCUCUCUCCGCGAGGCGGAGGACUCCCCGGCGCCCGAAACCCGACCAGCGUCCGUGAGCCCGCGGCCAGCAGUGUCCAGAGAAGAACAGUUUGUCAAAAUGUUUUUUGAGUUGUUUCAUCCGCAUUGGCCGUUUGUGCAUCGGGGGACGUUUCGCAUCCGCCAUGAAAUUCCCAUGUUAGUCCAGUCCAUGGUGGUUCUGGGCUUGUGGGCGAGUGGGGAAAGGAGCGCACGGUGUGCGGCUGUCGAGUUGCAUGAGCAGCUGAAUUCGGCGAUUUUGCAGCAGAAGGAGAGAUGGGAUGUGCCCGAUGAAGUACAUAUACCCCAUUCGGGGUCGUGGCCAUUGCCGAUUUACCAGGCGAUCUUAUUACAUGUCAUCUUCUCUUUGAUAUACAAUACGCACGGCUCUCUCGGGAUAGAUUUGAAGCCGUCUGGACUAAGGACUGAUACUGAGCUGCUGCUCAAGUGUCUGAUAAGGAACUGCCGUCUCCGGGGCAUGUUUUAUUAUCCGCGCAUCCUGCAACAAUAUCAGGAACCUGCGAUUGCUCAAUACAUGCUGGUCAGUAUUGAGGAAGUAAAGCGAUUCAACAUUGCACUGUAUAAGGUGUGCACAACGAUCUAUGGCUCGACGGCGCUGAGCCAGAUGGUGGAUGGGGCAUCGAUGGGCAACAUCCUUCUAACGGUGGAUGAAUUGCAGUUCCCGCUGCCGGAGAACCACGAGUUAUGGGAUGCAGGGACACAAGCGGAGUGGGAUCGAGCCCUGGAGGGGAUGAGCGUGGAUGGGUUAGGAGAGUUUAGGGAGGAUGAGUGGAUAUCGAAGCAGGCUCGGAUGAUGCAUGUAUUGGGGAACAUUUAG